GGAGGCCUUCGGGCGGUGGGGGCCACGGGGAGGGUGGUCUUCGGACUACGUGCGGGACGGGAGAUCAGGGCUGGGACGUCCCUCAGGCCUCCCUCCUUGCCCCAGCUUCGCGGGCCGCCUAACUGCCCCGCUCCAAGGGUGCCACCGGACCCCGCUGGAGAGGAACUUUUCCGUUGGCUGGAUUUAAUCACCCCCCAUUCCCGGUUCCACGUUUCCUUUAAGUGGGGCUAGUGGGGCUGACAGGGCCGCAAGGCGGCAAGGAACUGGAUUGCGAUUGGUUAGCGCGUGCCUCGGUCGGCGGUACAAUUGGCUGAGGCGCUGGGUCUUGGGCAGCAUUCCCCGACGGGAUUGGUCGCCGCUUUCCCAGAGCCCGCCUUCCGCAGUACAAGCGGUCCCCGGGUGGGGUGGGAGGAGGGGCCUCCGGGACGAAGAACAUGGCGGCGGCGGACCUCGCUCACAUUCCUGAUGUGGACAUCGACUCCGACGGCGUCUUCAAGUAUGUGCUGAUCCGAGUCCACUCGGCUCCGCGCUCCGGCGCUCCGGCUGCGGAGAGCAAGGAGAUCGUGCGCGGCUACAAGUGGGCCGAGUACCAUGCGGACAUCUACGACAAAGUGUCGGGCGACAUGCAGAAGCAGGGCUGUGACUGUGAGUGUCUGGGCGGCGGGCGCAUCUCCCACCAGAGCCAGGACAAGAAGAUUCACGUGUACGGCUACUCCAUGGCCUAUGGUCCUGCCCAGCACGCCAUUUCAACUGAGAAAAUCAAAGCCAAGUACCCCGACUACGAGGUUACCUGGGCUAACGAUGGCUACUGAGCACUCCCAGCCUGGGGCCUGCUACCUCCAGCAGCCAUGUCAGAGCCCCCGCCUUUGCCUGCACCCCUUUCGGGGCUGGCCCUGCCUGCUUCUGCGGCAGCCCCUGGUGACCUGCCGUCUGCCAGGCUUUGCAGACAGGCUAGCUUGACCACAGAAUUAAACGUGUUGCCACGCCUCCCA